AGCUCAUCAAAUCAUUAUUCUGUAAGUAAGGCAAGCUCAUCAAAUCAUUAUUCUGUAAGUAAGGCAAGCUCAUCAAAUCAUUAUUCUGUAAGUAAGGCAAGCUUAUCAAAUCAUUAUUCUGUAAGUAAGGCAAGCUCAUCAAAUCAUUAUUCUGUAAGUAAGGCAAGCUCAUCAAAUCAUUAUUCUGUAAGUAAGGCAAGCUCAUCAAAUCAUUAUUCUGUAAGUAAGGCAAGCUUAUCAAAUCAUUAUUCUGUAAGUAAGGCAAGCUCAUCAAAUCAUUAUUCUGUAAGUAAGGCAAGCUCAUCAAAUCAUUAU